GUCUAUUCUGCACACACAGUUUGCACUACAGUGAAACACCUCGGAAGUUAAGCUCGUUAUUAUCAUGCUUAAAAUUACGACAAUCUUAGCCGCCGCGGUAGCCGUCGUCGGUCAUGCACACGCAUCUACCCUGAGGUUCCAGUCCCUUGUCGAGAUGUUCGAAGGUAUUCCUGAGGUAGUCCAAGCGCAGCCAGAGGCAACCGAGACACCCAAGACGUAUGUGCAGCUAAAACCAGCCGAUUCGAUCAUCGUGACAGAUCCUAGGGAGCACAUCGUGAUCAUCCACCCAACAGACAAGAAGAAAAGUAAGGUCAUACCAGCUGGAUUUUGUGGCGAUAUCGAAUCCCUGGCUGGAUUUUACCCCAUUGGAGACAACAAGGAGUACUUCUACUGGGUCUUCCCAAGUUUGAAUGAUCCUGCCAACGAUCCCAUCAUUUUCUGGCUGUCGGGUGGCCCUGGGUGUUCGAGUGGCGUAGCUCUGUUCAUGGAGCAAGGGCCUUGCACAAUCACAAAGGAUGGUAAGAGCACCGUCAACAACGAUUGGGCUUGGAACAGGAACGCAACUGUCGUCUUCAUGGACCAACCAGCUGGAGUUGGCUUCAGCAGUGGACCCGAGACGGCUCGCUCUGAAACAGAGAUUGGUCGUCAGAUGCACACAUUUGUGGAGGAUUUCUUGGGCUCGAAUGAAAACUUAAGGGAUAACAGGCUCUUCAUCAUGGGCGAGAGUUAUGGUGGACACUACGUCCCGGCUGUGGGCGCGGCUAUUCACAGGCACAAUAUCUUGCGUCUAGGCAAGCAUAUCAACCUGGCUGGUAUUGCGGUGGGUAACGGACUAACCAACGGUGUGGUACAAGUCCCCGAGUAUCUCAACUUCUACAAGCACAACCCGCUAAACAAGCCAUUGACCAGCGAUGAUGAACUUGCACACAUGGAGAAGAUGGCCCCGGAGUGCACUCGCCAGAUCAUUCAGUGCCAGCAAACACACGAUACGGAUAUCUGUGAGAAGUCUAGCAACUUCUGCAACGGUCUCUUCAUGGCGCCCAUCCAGAAAGCCGGUCUUAAUCAGUACGACGUCCGUAAAAUGAGUGUGGGACCCAUGGCGUACGAUAUGAGUCCGCUCACCACGUUCCUGAACAACAAAGACAACCAGGCUAUUCUGGGUGUGGACAAGACGUGGGAGCCAUGCAACAUGGAGGUCCACCAACACUUCAUGCACGAGUGGAUGCUGAGUUUCACACCCAAUGUGACUAUGCUGCUAGAUGCCGAUAUCCCCGUGAUGCUGUACGCCGGUGAUAUGGACUUCUCAGUCAACUACCUAGGCGUCAAGGCCUUUGCCCGCUCAGUGCCCUGGGUUGGACAAGAGGACUUCCUCGCUGCAGAGGAUAAGCCGUGGAUAGCAAACGACGAGCUUGCCGGCUUUGUUCGCAGAGUGGGGCCCUUAUCCUUUGUACAGGUGCACAAUGCCGGUCAUAUGGUGCCCAUGGACCAGCCCGAGAACUCACUCAACCUAAUACAUGCGUUUAUGUUUGGGGAGACUGAGUAAACCGAUGAAAAUAUAGAUUAGAUUAAAUAGUAGAUUAAAUUAAAUAGUAGUUCUUUCAAGUCGUCGUAUUUGAAUUGCCACACGCUAAUACC